CCCGCCGCCCUCUUGGCCACUCAGGCAGCUGCUUGAGCCGAUGAAGUCGCGGGAUCCGGUGCAGCCGCUCGGCGAGGCGAGGGUGGCGCCGCUUCUCUAGGCCGCGCGGGGCGGGGAGCAGCUCUCCAGGGGCCUCGCGUUCUCUGCCGCCGAGCGCGGCUGCGGCGCUGCGGGCGCCGGCCGGGGCGCCGACGACCUCCCACCGCCGCGCCGUUACUCAGCACAACCGGCGGCCCUCCCCGCUCCGGCCGGGCGGUCGAGCGGCGGCGGUUGGGAAAGUGUGGGGCCGCCGCCGAGCGGAGCGUCAGGCGCAGGACUGAUUCAGUGUAUUUCUUCAGCUUUUGCUGUUGAUAGUAGGAGCGACGCUGGCCUUAAAAUUGCUCUAAGACUGGAAGAUGAAUAAUCUUUCCUUUAGUGAACUGUGUUGCCUGUUCUGUUGUCCGCCAUGCCCAGGGAAAAUUGCCUCCAAACUGGCAUUCUUACCUCCUGAUCCCACAUACACACUGAUGUGUGAUGAGAGUGGUAGUCGCUGGACUUUACAUCUCUCAGAGCGAGCAGACUGGCAAUAUUCUUCUAGAGAAAAAGAGGCCAUUGAGUGCUUCAUGACUAGAACAAGUAAAGGUAACAGGAUUGCCUGUAUGUUUGUGCGUUGUUCGCCUAACGCCAAAUACACUUUGCUCUUCUCACACGGAAAUGCUGUUGACUUGGGUCAGAUGAGCAGCUUUUACAUAGGACUGGGUUCACGGAUUAAUUGCAACAUAUUCUCCUAUGAUUAUUCUGGAUAUGGUGCAAGUUCUGGGAAGCCAACAGAGAAGAAUCUGUAUGCUGAUAUUGAUGCUGCUUGGGUGGCUCUUAGGACAAGGUACGGAAUCCGCCCUGAAAAUGUGAUUAUAUAUGGCCAGAGUAUAGGAACAGUACCAUCUGUGGAUCUUGCUGCUAGGUAUGAAAGUGCUGCUGUAAUUCUUCAUUCUCCACUGACCUCAGGAAUGCGGGUAGCUUUUCCUGAUACGAAGAAGACCUAUUGCUUUGAUGCAUUCCCGAACAUUGACAAAAUUUCUAAAAUAACUUCUCCUGUGUUAAUAAUCCAUGGAACUGAAGAUGAAGUAAUUGACUUUUCACAUGGCCUAGCAUUAUUUGAGCGUUGCCAGAGACCUGUAGAACCACUGUGGGUAGAAGGAGCGGGACAUAAUGAUGUGGAACUCUAUGGACAGUACCUUGAAAGAUUAAAACAGUUUGUGUCACAUGAACUGAAGAACUUGUAAUUUUCUUUGUAUAUUUAUAUGCUUUUUCGUUUCACUUCAGAACUGCACGCCUUGAUAAAUACAUAACAUAAAACCUGAAAGUUGUGUUUUCAAAUCUUCUUGGUUGCCUUCAUUAAAUGUACAGGUAAUGAUUUGUCAACAUAAUUAAUGAAGGUUUUAAUGCCAGUAUUAUAAACUGGAAUUACAUGAUCAUGCAGUCAGGCUUGACAGUUUAUAGUACUUUGUGUUUGUUUUUUUUCUUCUUAGAUGUUAAAAAAAUUACAAGGAGUACUGUAUGAAAUUCGAUUAUAUAAAAUCGAAUGCUGUAAAAGUGUUGCCAAAUGCUUUAGCAUAUCAAAAAACAAGUUUAUAAAUAUUUUUUAAACAUCUCAAAAUGUACUGUGACUUACUCUGUUGCACAGGUGUGAAUUAAAAUCCAGACUUCUAAGCAGUUGUUCUGUACAAAUGUAAUAGCCAUGAAAUUUGAGCAGAUACUAAUGUAUGUAAUAAGAAUAGACAGUCACUGGAAGUGACCCUUGCCCUGUUAUAGGGGGAGGGGUUCAAAAUAGAUUUUUUUUUUUCCAUAUUUUAUCAUAUCUUAAGUGCUUAGUUUUACUUCAGUUGUUCUGUUCUUUUUUAACCUGAGAGGUAAGGGGCAACACAAAUUUAGCCACUCAUCUUCUCAGCAGCCCAAUCUUGCCAAAAUAACGCCACAAGUUAUCGUCGUAAUGUAAAUGUCAUUCACAUGAUUGCUGCUGAGGCCAGUAAGUACUCCUCUGAAACCAGGAAGAUUUUUAGAACCUAGAAGGCUUUGUGGACAACGUAGUUUUGAACACCGAUUGCGUAGAGAUGCAACAUUUCAUUAGAAAGAACCUGGAAGUUUAUCCAACUGUGUAGUAAACAAUUUGCAAGUUUACAGUUGUCUGAUUUGGCUUACUUUUGGAUGUUUAGUGUAAAAGCUUACUGUAUUUUGAGUAUUGUAUGGAAAUUUUACUAAUUGCUCCUGGAUGAGGUAGGGGGAGGGUAAGAAGAGAACGACAUUUUUCUAUUAACUGGUAGUAAAAUAAACUUUGUAAGUUGCCUUUCCCUUGGAUGCAUUUUGCUUGAAUAAAACUAUGAAAAAUAAA